AUGAAUCGCGUGGUUGGGAGCGUGAUAGGAGGGAAACGGAGAGACACCGUCUUUGAAAACGGCAGUACUCCGCCUCCUGCGGAGUUAUUUUUUUGUUUGUUGUUGUUGUUGUUUUUUUGUUUUUUCUUCCUCCUUCCUUCUUUGAGCAGGAGGAGGUUUAUAUCCACAUUUGGCAGAGGGUCCCGUCCUCGUGUAAGUUAUUCUUUACAGAUGACACAAAAGUCAGUAUCAGUGUCAUCGUCACCCGCAGCAGCGGCAGCCGUAGACUACGGUUGUCUCCUCCUUGUGGAAUGUCGCAAGUGCGAUGGGAGUGAGGCGUUUCGGCUCGGGGCAGAACUCCUUCGGUGGCCUGAGGAAGUGGCGGCGAAGGUGUACAGCGGUGGGGACGCCACUCUUCCCAGCAUCCCUGUCAGCAACAAGUACUUCUCUACUAAGGUUCGUAUCGUGAUAACGGAUGGAAAUGCUCUGGCUGCCGAGAAUAGUACUACCGAGGCAUCAGACGCGGAGGAUGUCUCUCUGUUGUCAAGUUUUUUGCGGCCGCAGUCGGUGAAUAAAACUGGCUGGGUAUUACUAGUGGACGGGUCUGUGCAUCCGGAUCAAAUUCCCUGGCACCGUGUUCCAAAUUCAUGUCUUUUCCGUGUUGUGGUAAACUUCAAUGGUGUUGGCAUGAAAGUACAAGAAAAAAUAUGGUACGAUGCCUGCGUGACCAAUGGCUUUGAGUAUGUGCCGCAUUUGGAAGGGUACGAAGUGGUACCAGCGGGGGUAGAGAGAAGCGGCCUGCUUGGAGGAGAUUAUCGAGGCUCCGCGAGACUAUUUCAGAUUCUUCAUAACACCAUGUGGCCGGAGAAUUGUCGUGUACCCAACGGGGUCAAGAGUGAUGCAGAUGACAAGAAGGCAGAAAGAAGUUGUGCCGAUUCCACAAAUCUUUUGGCUGUGAUAGACGACAAUGGGAAUGAUGUCCUCCAUUGGUUGUGUACGAUGGGUAGGGAUCGUCGCUUCUUUACAGCACAGUGGCCCUUGGAGGCGGGAGAAACAACUCUGAGGCGGGAAAAGAACAUUUCCUGGAACAGUGUAGUGGGCGAAGAGAGGAAGGCACUGGGAAUUGCCAACAAGUAUUAUACUGCAAGGGUGGAGGUGCAGUGUCUGCACUCUGCCUUGUUGUGUCCCGCUAUGGCCGAUCUUUUUUUGGCCCAGUAUGUGGACUGCCGCCCUAAAUUAGCCCUUGUGUCUUGGCCCCCUAAAUCCACACAGAAGGUCGUGGAUGGGGCGACUUUUCCGCAGCUGCCCGUCCUCAUCGAUCAACUUCGUCGAUGGGGCGUAGAAGACUGUGUCAUCCUCACAAGAAGGGCGAAAGAAUCCAUUUCUUCUUUUGACGUGCACUACAGCGAGGAGCAGGGGUUUGAGGUUGUUUACAUGGAUGAUGACGGGUUGGCACGUGUCGAUGAAGAGGCACGUGGGUUUGGCACUACUGGGGCUGACCGUCUUGCGGAGAUUAUCCACACAAUUGAGUGGCCGCAGCGCACGUCCACCCCGACACUAAAACCACCACCAUCGAGUACAUCAGCGUUAACAUCUGGGAAGAAGUUGAAUCGCGUGCUUCUGUGGGCAUGUGGUCCGUCUACUGUGGAGGAGGAAAGACUUUUGUCCAGGACCCUCCACAUGUGUUUCUCGGUGUCUUGUGACCAUAACGGUGCGGCUAUUGCAUCGAUGACAUCUUCCUCUAUGGAUACGCCCGUGGGAAGCACAAUUGUACACAACCGUUACUUUGACGCCACUGUCAGUAUUUGCUCCUUUGGUGGUGCACGAAGCGCCAUUAUGCGGGAACCUGAACCAAGUGUUGAGCAGCUACUCACAUUUGGCGUUGUUGCUCUCUUGACGAAGGCGGAUAUGUCUGACGAAUCAACUCGAAACUCCAUUGGGGCAGCACUUGAUAAGUGUUACGCUGCCCAAAUUGCCUGUUGUGGCAUCUGCGAUUCCGAUUGGCUUCUUCUUGACGAAGAAAACCCCGACAGGGAUGUGAUGCGUCAAUUGUGUGAGGCGGCGGAGGAAACACCAGCGUACCUGUGGUACGUCUUGGAUGGUGACGAGUCCAACGAAGCUCUGGUGGCGCGUGUUGGGGAAAUGUUGCUUCACGUCACGUCAAGAACAUCUGGCACCAUGCCAGCAGGGGCCGCGGGGAAAAUGCACGGCGUGAGUGAACACGGCAGCGGAGGCUCAUCUGAAAACUCGGAUGCCAUCAGCGACGGCAAGGAUGGAGACUUUGCUGCUGCGUCCAUUGAGGUGCUGUACGGCCUGACGGAUGUGGAUGGGGCGACGCGGUUGGGAGAAGUGGUGCAGCAACAUGUGUGGCCAAUUCGGACGAUGAAGACGAUCGAGCUCCAGCAAGAGGUGCGACAGGAGAAAAAGACGGAACAUGACACGGAAAGGGUGCCUGCUAAGGAGAGGAGCGUGAAGGAGGAGGCGGUCGCGGCGGAGGAGGGUCCUGCGCUGUUGACUGGUUGUGAGCUCCCACCGGAUUAUCUCGUCGACCCGCUCACCCAAAGGUCUGUGCACGUUGAGGCGCUCGCGGUGGUGGCUGACGGCAAGUUGGGUGAGCGGGGACAAAGCCCGCAGCCGCAGAAGGAGCUGGAACAGGAUCUCAUGGUAUGGAUGGACAAGAUGAAGCGCCAUGGCCACACGCUCCCCCGCACCGUGCGGCAGCGACAAGCCGAGAUACUCGCAAUUAAACUCGGUGAACAUCUCGGUAAAUUGGACAAUGCAUAA